AGAACGGAGCUUUAAAAAUGCUUUGAAAACACGGGACAGCUUAAACAAAUAUAUUAGCUAGCUCGCAGAUAACCCAACAAACAGCCGGUUAAAAGUCGAUGUAAUCAUUUAAGGUCGACAUUAAAAGAGCGUUGUAUCUAUGCGUUUAGAUUAUCUACCUAAAUGCAUUCAUUGCGUUUGUUAUUUUGGCAUUUUGUGCAAUUUUAAUGCGUUAAUAUACUAUGUUUGUGUGUUAAAAUCGGUUAAAACAGAGUAAAACUGCCAUGGUGGAGCACAGGGAGCUGCAGGACAUUUAGUUCUUUCCCAGAGAGACAUUCCUCCUCACUGUUUACCAAAGAGUUACACACUUAUAUUACACCUAUAUAUAUAUUAUUAUUUAAACAAUCAUGGCUGCUGUAUUGCUCAGAAGAGGAACAGGAUUAUGUUGUUUUCACAGGGAGUUGUGCAGAGUUGUAUGGAGGUCACAAACUGCACUGUACAGCUUCAAAUCUUCAGACAGAAAUCCACCACGCAGGACACACAUCAAGAAGGCUAAGACUCAGCCUGCGGUGGACGUCUUUAAACUCCUGGAGCAAAUCUUCUCUUACCGCAGGCCGGGAUCAACGCCUCCUGCUGCUCAAGGUCAGCAUUCAAGGAGUUGAGUAGAAAGCGAGGGCUCGACCUACCACACCUCCCACCACCACCUCAAAUGUUCCUAAUUGUUCAAAGAGAGAACCAGCAGUCUCUCUUGUUUCUUCUACUACCAAACAAGUUUCUGAUGAUCUUUCCAAAGUGACUGUUCCUGCUAGCAGCACAACAUCUGCAGCAUUAGCAUCAAACACUUCUGCAAUAGAAAGCCACACUUUGACUGAAGCAAAGGAAACUAAAGAGGAAACUGACUCAGUCCUGCUCUCAUCAGCACACUCACAAGAGACGAACAUGGAGACGUCAUCUUCUUCAGCUCUUACUGUAGAAACCUCGAUAGAAACUGCAUUAAAAUCAGUAGAGCCUGAAAUAUCUCCUGUCGAAACACUAGAAGUUAGAGCUGUGUUUGCAAUAGAUGCUCCAGCUGAAAAAGUGACAGACUCGGAGGUCUCAUACAGUACCAAGGAAGAACUUAUAUCAGGAACAACAGAAUCAGUAGAAAUAAUCAAUUCUCCCGUGGAAACACUAGAAACUGGAGCUGCCGUUUCUGAAAUGACUCAAAAAGUAGAAACUAACACCACAGACUUGGGUUUUGGUAACCUCUCACACACUGCUGAAGAAAUACCUUUAAUAGAAACAACAGAAUCACCAAUAGAAGCCAACCAUGUUGCUUUGGAAUCACUAGAAACUAUACCUCAUGUUGUUGAGGGUCCAGUAGAGCCUACAAUAGACGUCACAGUACAUCUAGCAUCUCCAAAUGUAGAAACCCAAAGCACAGACUCGGGUUCUGUUAACCUCUGGCACACAGAUCAAGAAGAAACGUUAAUAGAAACCACUCAUUUUAAUUUGGAAACAAUAGAUACUCAAGCUGCUGUAGGUUCAAUAGAAACAACAAUAGAGGACAAAGCAGACACAACAACUCAACAAAUACAAAUCCACUUUCCCGUAGAAACACUAGAAACUGAAGCUGCUGUUCUUGAGCAUCCAGUACAGAGUUCAAUAGAUGUCACAGUACAUGCUGUAGAAACCAAAAGCACAGACUCAGGAGUCUCAUCCAGCACCAAAGAAGAACCUUUAAUAGAAACAAUAGAACCAGUAGCAGCCAUACAUGUCCCAUUGGAACCAAUAGAAACUAAAACUGCUGAUGCUGAAGGGUCAGUAGAAACUACUCUGGAAAUGCAAACCAACAGCACAGACUUGGGUCUUGUUAAUCUCUCACACACUACCAAGGAAGAACCUUUAAUAGAAACAAUGGAAGCCCACAAUCUUUCAUUUGUAACACUCGAAACUGAAGCUGCUGUUUCAGAACAUCCAGUCGAAACUACAGUAGAUGUCACAGCACAAGUAGAGGACCUAAAAGUAGAAACCCAAAGCACAGACUCUGGUCUUGAUGACCUCUCGUACACUGCCAAAGAAGAAGCAUUAAUAGAAAGGACAGUAGAGACCAGUACCUCUGCUUUUUCUGAAGGUCCAAUUGAGCCCACAAUAGAAACUGAAGAAGCUGGAAACCUCUCACAUGCUGCCUUAAUCCUAAAUGCACAAGACACCUUGCCUUUGAAUAAUGAAUCGAAUGUAGAAUCAUGCUUGGUGAAUGUAGACGAGGCUCUGAUAGCGUCUUUAAAAAACAAAGAGCACAUCCCAACAACAUUUUUCGUCGAAGGAGAACUGCUGAAGGAGAUUGGAGCGAAUGACAAAGCUGCUGUGACAGAAACGGAGAAUUUAAGCGACGACGAGCGAGACGUUUUAACCCAAGUUCCUUCCUCUUUUUCGGAGGAUCUUCAUGGGUUAAAAGGAACUAGUGGCAUGUUAGUGAAGGAGCUUCUCUGUCAUGUUCCUGCUGAGCUUUCCAAAACUCCUGAAGCAAAAGGAGAGCACACAGAGGAGGAAGAAGCCAUGACGCUGGAAUCGAUAACUUUAUCAAAAGUCAUGGAGGGAUUCGGAGGUCUUGAAGCUCUGUUAGAAACAAGGAAUGCACUGGAGGAACAAGCUGAGGUACUCGCCAAAGAGGAGGAGAUGAGAGUUGAGACCACACAAGAGGACGUUGUUGUUUACGAGGACACGUCAGAGGAACACAUUUUAACGCUGGAUUCUAUCUCUGAAGCUACAGAUGCAAUAGAAGCUGAGACCGCUGUCAUGCUGGAGGCCAUACUUGGUCUUAAACAAGCAGCGAGGCAGCAGGAAGAACGGCAAAAUGGUGAAUCUAUUGUCCAGGAAGCAGAAAAGGAGUCCGUAGGGCAGCAAGCGAGCGUGUUGGACGCUAUGGCUGAAGUUGAGGCGUCUCUGGAAACGCUGGAGAACGAGUCUCUGAGCGAAACCACCGAUCAUCUGGAGAUAGAAGCUGAUUGUGGAGAGGUGGAGGAUAUGGAGGCGACUGAGACUCUGAAGAUGUCUGAAGAUCUGCAGAUAGAUGUCCUGACGGAGGAGCGGUUCAUUUCUGUUUCUGGACACGAGGAAGGAGUAGGCCCUGUUGGUCAGGAGGUCAUAAGAGCGGAUAUUUUGGAGGCUGCUGUAGUUACGGAAGAUUUGAAGAUGGAGGAGGAAACACACACUGGAGCCCUGAGUGAUGAAUACGCCUCAGGAACACAUGCAGAUUUAGAUCCGGUACAGAGACUUUUCCUUGAGAAGAUCAGAGAAUACAACAACAUGCACAGGCUGAAUGAGGAAGAUCCAGAUUACGAUAAACAUCUUUCAGAAGAGAGAGCGAAGCUGCAGAGGUUUUACGGAGGAGGAGAUCUGAACAGCUUCCCUCAGUUCAGCUUCAGCGAGCCCGAAAUGGACAAGGACUCCAAAUGAUCCACGACGUCUUCCUCCUACACUUCUUUAACGAACGUCUCUGACAGUUACCACAUGUGAGAACAGAUUUGAGGCUAGAAGAAGCACAUGUUUGUUUGUGUGCCUUUAAAAGGAUAAUGUAAUCUUGUUUGUCUGUACUGUGCAAUAAUGAUAGUAACAAAUGAUAUAUUAUAUUUUAUUAAAGCAACACUUUCAAAAGAGAA